AUGAUGUACAAAAGCUCAGCCCGUUUUCAGCCGAAACGAGGGAGGAGGUCUGGUGGACUGCGUCAACCUGAACGUCGUAUUAAAGCCAAACUGCUGCAGUACAACGGGAUUCAUCCGUCCUCAUCUGGUGUCAUUGACCUACGAAUCUCUUCUUCAUGCUCUUUCACACGAAAUGAAAGUCUCCCCAACAAUAGCUGCAUCUUCACGUUUGCUAUCGACUACGACAACUUACUCCAGGCAACCGAAAGGCGGCGAAAUGCGUUUCUAGCGACUUAA